AUGACUCUAGCAUGGGUGGAACAUUGGGUGAAGUGGUUGAGUGACUCUGUGUUCCGGAUAGUGCCGCUACUCAGCUUACUCAUGCAUCUUAUCCUUACCGUCUUCUCCGACAGCCGACGGCGUGAAGGCAAAGGUUGGAAGAGAGGUUUAUUGUGGUUGGCGUACCAGCUGACCGACUGGGGACCGGCAUAUGUCAUCGGCAACCUGUACCUUGAAAAAGAACCGUGCGGCAAGAUGAUCGUCGCCUUCUGGGUGCCGUUCCUAUUGCUGCAGAAUGCUCGCCCGGACAAUAUCAGCGCCUACACCAUUGAGGACAAUGAGCUCUGGCUGCGUGUGGUCAUAUUUGUCCCCUUGCAGUCCCUGGGAUCCAUACUUGUUGUGUACAGGUGUAUACUCACCAACUGUUGCACUACUGGAUUGUUGCGUCAGGCGUCCAUCAUCAUGUUAGUGGUAGGCCUUCUCAAGUAUGUGGAGAGCGCGGUGGCUCUAUGGCUAUGCAAUUUGAGCCGCAUCCAGAAGUCAUUCAAGAAGCUGCCGCCAAUUGAUUGUAGCUUGAUAGAUGAUUACGGUGGAGGCAAGAAUCUGAAAGAUGAGCAAGCCUUGUUGGUUGCUCAUGGCCUGUUCGAUAUAUGCAAGGGUGCCUUUUCUGAUUACUCGAUGGAGCACAUGGAUCGUGCUGCCGUCACAAGCAUGUUCUCGGAUCAAUGGAAGAGUAUGUGCAAGGUGGUGGAGAUGGAACUCUCCCUCAUGUAUGACAUCCUCUAUACCAAGGCAGCUGUUGUCCACACAUGGCCUGGCUACGCCAUCCGUGUGGCCUCACCCCUCCUAACCGCCACCGCUCUCGUGCUGUUUGGCCUCCAAUGCAAAGAGGGCAUGCAUACAGAAGAUCAAGUUAUCAGUUAUGUAUUGCUGGGCACGACCUUCCUCCUCGAUUUGAGAUGGCUGCUCAGAGCACUAGCUUCAACCUGGACGUACUCAUUCUUCAAGGGGGCACACAGUUGUUUGAAUCAUCAAGUUUUGUGCCGAAAGAGAUGGCACAAGCUACGUUGCUGGGUCGUGUCCUUGUCUAUCUCCAGGCUCUCCUUGUGGCUGUGGACAAGUGACUGUCCCAAGAAGCACGAGAGCUACAGGAGGUGGGAGGGUACCUUUGGGCGGUACAACUUGUUGGAACAGUGUUGUGGUGGGGAAAGGCACAACCUAUACAGCAUAUCUAGGCUGGUGACUGAAUCAGAAGACCACUCAAGGGACCAUGGGAUUCCAGACUAUGUCAAGGAGCUGGUAUUCAAUGUUAUAUGUGCAAACUUAUUCCCUGCUCCCUCGACACCAACGGGCACUCCCCCAAAUGGGAGUCCACAGACGCCAGACCCCUCAAAUGGUGAUGGUGGUGGUGGCAAGAAUUCCCCAGAUCGGCAGAACGGCAAUGGCACCUAUACGCCUCCAGGGACUGAUUCACCCGGGGUGCCGAACUGCAAUUGUAUGUGCAAUUUGCCUCCUUCAUGGCCGUUCUACCCCAGGGAGCCUUUCUGCAAUUGUAUGUGCAACUUGCCUCCUUCAUGGCCCUUCUACCCCAGGGAGCCUUUCUGCAAUGAUAUGCACAAUGAUCCUCCUUUGUGUCCAUUCUACCCCAGGAGGCCAAUAUGCAGUGGUAUGGACAAUGAGCGUCCUCCAUGCCGGCCCUGCCCCAGGCAGAUCUGUGCUCGUGGGAUAAAUGCACCAUUUGAUCAAAACGGAUACGAUGUGUUUGUAAGCAUGCAGCACUGCCCUGACGAGGAAACCUCAAUGGCCUCGUCCGGACCCUAUGAGCAACAAACUGAUGAUCGCUGGAGGUAUGAUCAAGCCCAAUCUGAAACCUAUGAGCAAGCUUGUCUUUGGAGGAAUGUCCACGCUGGUUCCAUGCAUGGCCAGUCCACACUCAUCAACAACCCCAAAAGGCAGGCCACUUCCCUCAACUCCACAGAUUUCCCUCUUGAGCUCCAAGAGGCAAUCCUCAUCUGGCACAUCGCCACGGACCUUUUCCUCUCGUGUUACCACAAUGUUGUCCCAGCAGCGCCCCAAAAUGAUGAGAAGGCAAUCAAGGCGAUGUCGGAUUACAUGAUGUUCCUCCUCGCCAAACAACCCAGCAUGCUGCCUGGCCUCAAGCUUCGCAGCCUGUACGAGAAAGCCCGAGCUACCCUGAGGGUGAUAGGAAAAAUUAAAGAGGAGGAUAAACCCAGCAGUAGUUAUACAACAACAAAAGAACAGAAGGCGAAGGAGCUCGCCACGUGGAUGCUGGAAAACGUGGAUCAUCUCGAGGACAAAACUUCUGCUAUCUACAGAGGAAUAAAGGAGAAUCGUCUUUUGGGCCUUGGUACUCUCGGGGAAGCAACUCAAAUCGCUCUGUUCCUGUCUGACGGAAAGCAUCGUUUGAUUGGAAAUGCGAUGGAAAAAAGUGUGCGCAAACUUGGGUACUGGAUUCGGACCUUGCAGGAACUUCGUGAGGACAUGAAUGACAACGACAUGUUAAAGUUCAUCCUGAAAGCGUGGGUGCAUCUGCUCAUGUAUGCGUCCAUCCGGGGCAGCAGGGAGGCACAUGCCAAGCAGCUCAGCAAAGGUGGCGGGCUCACGACCCUCGUGUGGAUCAUCUCGGAGCACGCGGAGGAAAGGUUUGUCAGAUUGAUGUGCCCGGCACUUUUCCUCUGA